AUGAAAAGCCAAGUCAAGAAGGCCAGCAAACAGCAGAUGGGCAACGACCUGGGGAAACUGCCCCAGACGUUCAUCCUCCCGCCAGCGAGCGAACUACCUCCUUGGACGACUCUCAAAAGAACAAAGAUCCAUUGGCUGCAGAUGAAGACGGCGUUCAAGGACUGGUGGUCACUGGUAGUGUUCCUGAAAUGGGACGCCAAGCGCGACCCUCUCACGGGCAAGAAGAUGAGGAAGCCCAUGGAGCUGAACUCGAGGGUGGCCGUGGCCAAGGAUCUGCAUGAGAGGUUCCACAUGGCGCUGGGUAAAGGGGACAUGAAGAUUCUGCAGGCCCUCUGCUGCGAGGGUUUGCUCGGCACGGCAAGGACGCGCAUCGAGAAGCGCAAGGUUAUGCGCAAGCCCGUCGAGUGGUGGAAGCUGAUGGGCUACACCGGGCUGAAGUACUGGUCCUGGCUGGACAGGUGGCCGCUCUCGCCUUUGCUGCCCAACUCGCCCGCAAGGGUCGUCUCCGACCGCCUGGCGCCCUUGCCCGUCGCCGACUCGUACCUCCGCCAGUGUAUCGUGCGGAUCCGCAGCGUGCAGCAAUACGAGCUCGCCGACGCCGAGCAGACCACCACUCGCGACCACACCGAUUACGUGGUCAUCCAGAAGAUCACUUCCAAGGGCGAGGACGGCGAGUGGAAACUCUGGGGUCUGACCGAGCCGACGACCAUGGACGAGAUUGACACCAUGCUGGCGGGCGGCACGAAAGAGAUAGGAGCCACGCUCGCCGAGAGGAUCCAGGACAAGCUGUCCAACUUGACAGGCGUCUAA